GCACCAAUCCAUCUCCAUCAUUCAACCUCCUCCAAACGGUCAAGAGUCCACCUGGAGAUUUAGUUAUCACAACAUUCGACGACACAACGCCCAACGCCCAACACACCACAAAGGUCUUUUUUUGUAGAAGACGUCUCCCGGAUUCCAGUACCAUUACGGACUUCUGAGAGUCGUGGGGAUAACUAAAUCAAGAUGCCUUCCGAGUCAGGUCACAGAUUAUACGUCAAGGGUCGCCACCUGAGCUACCAGCGCAGCCGACACACUACGCACCCGAAGACAAGCUUAAUCAAGAUUGAGGGCGUCGAUGAUACCGAGGCUGCUACUUUCUACCUAGGCAAGAAGGUCGCAUACGUCUACAAAGGCCAGAAAGAGAUCCGAGGAACUAAGAUCCGCGUGAUCUGGGGUAAGGUCACUCGACCUCACGGCAACUCUGGUGUUGUCCGUGCCAAGUUCGCUACCCCCCUUCCCUCCAAGUCUUUCGGUGCUUCUGUUCGUAUCAUGCUCUACCCUUCGGCGAUAUAAGAUGGGUUCGGGCCGGAGUUGGUAGUGUGGAUGGUUUCAUGAUUGGCUGCAUCUGGGUUAGGCAAGGUAUAAGGCUUCAGCCUUGCGACUAGCAUCAAACGAAUGAAUACCUACAAACUUCCUAGGUACUAAACAAAAGUCUUACAUUGUGAAUGGCUAAUUAGACAUCAAUUUCCAUGUGAGAGGAGAAGGACAACUCGAUCGAUCGAUGCCAGAGUGCAAAAGUACGAAGGAGCAUGGUUCCCGAAAUCCACCAAAAUCUCCGAUCACAAGGCAAAUUGUCAAGAGCCUCAGGGCCGAGUAGCAGUGGGAUUCCAACUUAACGCAACCCCUAGGAUGAGAUCGAUUAAUAAGACAAAUUCCAAAUAUUACAUGUGCCAUCUUGUGCUGAAUGAAUUAUCUGUGGGGAGCUGUAGCGAUUACAGGCCAAGGCAGGUCAAGGCAGGUCAAGACUUGGGGUCUACAAACAUACCCAACUAUAUGACGGGUUCGUGUCUGACCACAUUGGAGGUGUUCUAGUUUACCCACAGAGGAAUAUACUCGUCAAGUCUUGGUCAGGAACAA